AUGUUGUUACAGCUGAAUGAUAUGACCAGGAUUGUGUCGGAUCAUGUGGUGUCAAGCUCGAUGUGGCUGGGGCCGAGAUGGCUCAAGUGGUUAGAGCGCGAAGUUACUGACCGGAAGGUUCGUGGUUCGAACCCAAACUCCGCCUCUGGACAUCCUCUGUCUAGGCUUGGGCGACCUGGCAGUAUCCCAGCCCUCGUGUUUCCUUCGGGUGGCAUAUAUAUGUCCCCCACAUCAAUAAAGCCGUUGCCGCUUCCAGUAAACUUAUCAGCUGAUACGGACGGCGGCGUCAAGUAUAACGACUACUCUGUUGCUCAGGUAUUUUUUCAAACGCUUCACUACACGAUGGGCCGAUCGUCUGGUUACACCAAUUUUCAGGACUUAACCGGACUGGCAGAACUGUAUCAAGCCUAUAUGUGCCAAAUGUGUCCACGUUCGGAUGCUCCAUCGUCUGAGAAGAAUGGAACUGACCCAUCAACUUUAUUGCGGCCCAACUUAGUAACCACUCAGGGCAUUUCAGAUACACACACCAGCCUCACUGCUCCCGUGACACUGGUUCCUUCCAUUCCGUUUGGAUCACCUUUUUUUCCGCAUACAGCACACACCGGGCCGGUUGUGGACAAUUUCCUCACACCCUACUUCCCCCAGUCUGUCACCGCUCCAUCGACAACCGUGAAAACCAGUGAAUACGAAAACUGUACAGCCACGGAUAGCCAUACGGGAAAAUUCCCCGAACCGAUCUGGACAGGACUUGAAUACUAUUCUUCAACUCCACCGACUCCAUCUAUGUCUUCCAGUUCUCCUGUUGGACACAACGCUUCGGGCAACACGUAUCCGGUGACAAAGCCACCCUACUCGUACAUUGCGCUAAUCGCCAUGGCAAUCAAGUACGCUCCCGGAAGGAAGAUCACACUCAAUGCUCUACUUCGCUUUGCGUCUGUUGGACGAUACACCAUGGCGCGUUCACGAAAGUUGGGUUGGUUUAUCAUCGAUGGCUUGAGCAGUGGUUCGCGCGCCGGUCGGCCUUCCGCUCCAUCCUCACUGGAAAGGCUUGGCCAGCAUCUCUCCUACUCCUGUCUUGACUUGGGCAACCUGGCAGUAUCCCAUUCCUCGUGGCUCCUGGUGGCAUGGCAGCUAGGCACAGAAAGGUUGUUACCGUUGAACGAUUCUUUAAAGAUUGUUAACUAUAACCAUGGUAGGAAAAACACCAGGCUUCUGAUUGUCGUGAGCGGAACUCGCUACUCUGGUAAUGCACCAGUCGUGACAACUCGUUGGCUGCCUCAAGCAGCUCUGAUUUCGGGGGCGAGAUGGACCGAGUGGUUAGAGCGCGAAUUUACUGACCGGAAGGUCCGUGGUUCCAAACCGACCUCCACCUCUCGACUUCCCCUGUCUAGGUUUGGGCAACCUGGCAGUAUCCCAGCGCUCGUGUCUCAUUCGUGUGUCAUGGCAGCUAGGCACCGAAAGGGUGCUACAGCUCGACGAUUCCGUAGUAUCUAUCGAUUUAUCAUGGAGAAUUUCCCAUAUUAUCGUGAUAACCGACAGGGCUGGCAAAAUUCAAUUCGACACAACCUUAGCCUCAACGACUGUUUUGUCAAACUCCCAAGAGACAAGAGUCGCCCGGGCAAGGGUAACUACUGGACCCUGUCAACAAAUGCUGACGAGAUGUUUGAACACGGAAACUACAGACGUCGAAAACGCCGAACCAAAGCCAACCUUUCUCAAAUCUCCAUGACAACCACCAGGAGUAAACCGGGCCUUCCUGACCCGAGAAAACACAGAAGUAGCGAAAGCCCGCUGAAAAGAGCGAAACUCGAGGACAGAAAUGAAGGUCUCAUCCGUUCCAACCCAACAGUCUUCCCACCACUACCUUAUUCAGACACCAUGCGGUUAGCACAUCGCGUGACUUUGAGUCCACCAUUCCAAGGAUGUAUGCUCACCUGUUCAAUGACCGAGCACUCGGCACACAGCAUUCCAUCCCAACACAGCAUAGUUGGCCUGGAUAAUUCCAGUCCCCAGCUGGAAGAGCUACCGCUAGAGUUGACAAGGUCCAGCCAGACUAUCCACCAGUCCAGACCCUCAACAAAGCCUUCCAGCCUCAAGAGUCAUUCGGGAUUCAACAUUGAAGAUCUGAUUGGAUCACCCAAACCGUGA